AUGUCUAACCUUCUAACAGCUGCUCUCCUGCUGCUCCUGUCCCCAGUGUCUGGUGUAUGGGCAGUAGCUGAAGAGCCUGGACCUGCUGCACCACGGGACGUUCAUUUCCACUCGGUGAACCUGAGGAACACGGUGCGCUGGAGCUCAGGAACACGCGGCGACGGCCCAGGCACAACCUACACGGUGGAGUACGCCAUAUACGGCGAUGCUGUGGAUGUGGGAGGGACCGAGCAGGUGAAGUGGAGGACGGUGGAGCAGUGUGCUGAUGUCACACAGACGGAGUGCGACGUGACGGAUCAGACCAGCGACACGGAGGAGAAAUAUUACGCCAGAGUGAGAGCCAACGGGCCGAACGGGCGCUCGGAGUGGACCGAGACCGACAGCAGGCUGGGUCUCAGCGACACCAUUUUAGGCGCUCCGCAGGUGAACGUUAGCGUGGUGGAACUCAAGCUGCACGUCAGGCUGAGCGGCCCGUUCCGAUGGAGGACUCGCGGAAAGAAGCGGCAGUUGAUGUUCAAAAUCCUCCCUUACAUGAUGUACAACAUCACCGUCUACAACAACAGGAGCAAACGCACGGAAUCCAUCCAACAGAGGAAAGGGCUCCUGAAGCACGGCCCGCUGGAGUACAACACCGAGUACUGCGUGAGAGCAGAGGUGUUCUCGCUCACUCUUCCCCUAACCAGCACUCCUUCGGACUGGAUCUGCGUCUCCACCCCUGACGACCCGUUUAAAGCUCAGAUGCUGCUGCUGAUGUUAGGAGGCGUCGUCCCCACCGCUAUUUGUCUGUUUGUUUUAGCCGUAGUUGGAGGUUUAGCUUAUUAUUACAUCUGCGGUCACAAACAGCGGCUGCCCAAAACCAUGAAGGACAUUCAGCAGGACACGCACGUGGACAGGGAGGUCCAGAUGUUCCAGCCGGAGAAAUGUUCGCCCACUAUAAAUGUCGUCAUCAUCAGCAUGGGGGAGUCAAAGCCCAGCUUUCCCGGCCCAAGUCAUGGUGGUGUCGAUAUUCCACGGCCCGCUCCGCUUGCUGUCAUGGGCGAGGCGCCGAUACAAGCAACUUAUGCGGCGCAGGACGCACAGAAUGCAGCUACAGAAGAAGAAAAAGAAGAAGAAGAAGCACCAGCAGCAGCAGGUCUACAAAGCCAUCACAGCUCUUUGGGUGAGGAUUACGGUUUUGUGCUUCAUGAAAACAGGAGCCAGGUUGCCAGGUGCCCGUAUAACUCCCAAGCGGGAGUAAACUGUAUAAUCGGUCCCAGCCUGUACAUGGCACAGCCUGGAAGGACAGAACAAGCACAGGAUGUAUAUGAAGAAGAAGAAGAAGAAGAAGAAAACAGAGAAACAACGACGUUCUUUGACUGGGACAGAGAAACUGGCACGCUCCAGCUGGAGUUCCCUCUGUUCAAGAAGCUCCGCUUUGAGACCCCGGAAACCACAGAGACGCAGACGAGGGAGGACACCGCGCCGCUCCUACGCCGUCCUGUCCUCACCAGUGUGGUGGUCAAGCAGGGCUCAGAGGAGAGAGAAGACGAUGACCUGCUCCUGAGGAUGGAGAAAGACUGGAACCUUCAGGUCCAGAGCACGGCCGAGUAGCUACCACAAAUCUACACUCUACAUUAAUCUCCUUGGGAUACUGAUGGAGAACCGAACACCACUCUCUGGCAGAAGGAUCCUCCUGAUGGGCGACAGAUCUUUGGUUUUAAAUGCAGUAACUGAUGCAGUAGGUUUUACUGUAUAUAAUGUGAAACAUGAGAGUAAUGAAGAACACUUUACUUGUUUUUUGGGGAAAUUUACAGAAAUUCAGUUAAAACAAAAGGCAAGGAGAGAGACAGAGAAAAAAGUCACUCGGGGAGAGACAGACAUACAGAGACAUUGAGACAAACUAACCGAGAUAGAUGAAAAGAGAAGCUGGAUGUGUAUAGAGAGAGAAAGAAAGAGUAAAAAAAAGUGGACAGAGACAUGAAGCGAGAGAGCGACAGACAGACAGAGGCAGAGACAUACAGCAGAGUGUGGCAGACAGAUAGACAGACAGACAGGGCUAGAGAGAUAUGAAUAAAGAGAGACAGAGAGACAUGUAGACAGAAUGAGACAGUAGUGUUACAAACUGAUCACUCAACAAGAUGAAGACAGUAAAUACAGACAGUAUCACAGACAGUAUGUCUCACACUCAGGGACAGGAUUAGCUUUAGCGAGCUCUGCUAACGUCUAAUCUCAAAACAUUCCAGAAAUAUUUAAACAGCGUCAUAAAUAUUUCCCAUAUUACUGUGAAGGUUCGAUAAAAUAUAUAUAUAUAUUUUUUUUACAUAAAACACACAAACAUCUGGAUGAAGAUUUUAUACAGUAUACAUUCAUAAGAGCACUUUGAACACAUCUGUAUAACUAAUACACACACACACACACACGCACACACACACACACACAAUUAUUAUACAAACAAAUGUUAAUUUUAUACUUUGUGGCCUCAGGGUAAAAAAAAGUGAGUAAACAACAAACAAACUAUUCACAGAAUGUUUAACAUAUGCAUGUGAUCAUGUGAUGUCAUGUUUUGUUUAUGUAAGAAGCGUUUUCAGAAUAUUUAUCAUUAUUUUAUUAUCAUCGUCUCCUUUAAUGUGAAACGUUCCUGAGCAGGGAAAUAAAUACCUAAACGCUGAAGAGAGUUUUGUCACAUGAAGGAUUCGUGUGUGUAUACUUUUUAAAUAUAUUAAAAGCUUAAUUUGUUAUUUUA